AUGAUUUGGCAUCGGCCGCAGUGGCAAGCUUCCCAAAUUACUCGCCAAAUAACCGAUGUCGGCUUCACUGGGUUGCAAUGCUACCCCAACUCCGGGAUCUCAAUGUCAUACAGUGACCCAUAUUUUGAAGUUUUCCCUAUGGUACCAAUGAAGCCUCAAUACCAGAACAAGUACUUUCCGGAUAUCGACGGUAACUCAUUCAGUGGCGGGUAUCGAGCUUUUCUCCAGUCGACCUCGCUUCCGAUCAAGGCCACAAUCUACAACGAAUGGCACGACUCGCGCCUAAUCCCAUGGGCGCAUUUCAUCCCCAUGGACACAACAUUCAUGGAUAUAUACGGUAUUAUGGAAUAUCUCCUCGGAUACGGCAAUCAUGCCGGGCACGACGCUGUAGCUAAGAAGGUCGCGAUGGAUGGCAAACAUUGGGCAGAGAAAGUUCUACGGAAGGAGGAUAUGCAAGUGUACAUGUACCGACUGCUCCUGGAGUACGCACUUAUUUGUGAUGACUGCCGGGAAAUCCUCGGAUAUGCGGAUGAUCUUCGAUGA